CGCGUGCGCCACAAUAAGUACCACUUUCGUUAUUAUAGCUUUAAGAGAAAUACAGUGAAUUAUAAUAAAUGUUAAGUUUAAUUAAGAAUAAAUAAGUCACAGCUAAGUUCAGAACCCUGGGCGGCAACGCCAACCGAUAGUUCAUCAAGACAUGUUAAAUACUAGAAAAGCGAAGGAGCUAAAAUACCAGAAGUAGGAAAAUACUAGAAAUCCCGAAUAGAGGAAAAGGCCGAAAAAUGAGGGAGGGUCACGCGGCGAUCGUGGCGGCUCUCUUCUCUCGGGAUCGCGGAACGGAAAAGACGUGUGUUUCGGACACGGCUUAACGAGGUUUAAAAAGUCACGCGUGCUCCUCAAAAUAGCCGAGCGGAGGCGAUCAAGUGCUGGAGAGUGACCACGCGGGUGACACGCGGCACACAUGUAUGUACAUAAGCAAGUCAGCUAAGAUGGACGAGGUAAUCGUGGUAUCCGACGACUCCGGCGACACCGAGGCCUUCCACCCGGGGGCAAACUAUGAGGACGGCCGUGAAGAAGAAGAGGAAGAGGAGUCCCCCACCUCCGAAGGUGAAGCCGAGGGCGGCUCAAUGGGAGUAGACGGCGACGAUUCCCAGGAUCCCGGCGACCCACAUUUUGCUGGACUUCGCGGAGGUCUGUGGAGUCCCCGACCCGGGCAGUCGCGUCGAGGCUUCCAGCCGACGUCGCCCCAACCGGCCUCGUACCGCCUCGACGACGACGAGGACAGCGCCAGCGACCACGAGGCUGACCGAUUCAGUCGACCCCCACGCUCCGGCUACAGCUCACCGUACGGCCAUCCCCAAGGACGACGACCCGGGGAGCCGUACUACGCCGAGUCGCGACAAUCAGAAUCGGAGGAGGACUGCCCGUGGACCAGACGCGAUCCCCGGGCGGGCCAUCCGAGGUACUCUCGGCCCGGACAACCACAGUUUCCGGACGUAGAACACUUCUACCACCAUUCGACCGAGGAUCAGGUGUGCAGGUACGCCGGACACGUGUCGCUCAUGCGCAUCGACGUCCGAUCGGUACUUAUAAAGGUACCUGGACUACCUGCGCAAGGGCCAUAUGCAGAUGAACCUCCAUCCCCACCCCCAUGCCCGGCACUUGAAGCCGGCGAAGGAGGUAACCUCGAGGCCGAUCGUUCGCCGUACGACGUAACAGCCCAACUAGAGGGGGAAACUGCUAAGGGAUCCGAAGGUCUAACAACUCCUCCCCGGCGAGUUUUGACGACCCCAGCCACGCUCUCUCAAGGGGUCCAGACGUCCCCAAUAAGAGAGGACCAUCGGCAGGAGGUGUCCGACCAGGGAACCCAGACCUCGCCGCCCAACCGGCAGGACCUACGUCGCUUGACUCAGACGCCCGAGAUGCAGGUGCCUUACGACGAGGGGCCUAUCAGUUCGAGACACGACGUCGAAAUCUCAACACCGAUCCUUCCGUGUUCCGAGUAUCUGGCCGGCUUCGAGUUGGUCACGGACACCGAGGACGAUGAUGAAGAAAGGCCCCUGUUUCGCCGUUCCUUUGUGGCGUCACCUCAGCAGGACCAGACGGCCGAGGCCAUACCCUCCGGAGCCUACAUCGAACGUUCUCGCCCGGAGAGCGGGAGGAACCUUUGGUCCACGACACGAGAGGAUGGGAACCCCCAACGAGCCCCCAAUUGCGCCCACCCUGGCGAACCACUUACUGAAUGGGAGAAUCAGGUGCUCGAGCAAGUCCUCACGGAUCUGUCGGGAGUUAGGUUCCCCGAACCUACCAUUGACGCGGUUCUCAGACGCGCGCAACCAGCGACCGAAACGAACGCGUCACCCACUUCCACGGCGGAGGUAGAUCGGUCGGCACACACGGAGGACGACCUAUGCCCACUACCAGAAGGUUGGAUCGGGGGCAACAAUUUACGCUUCCUACCCCGACGCGUCAUAAGCCAAAUAGAGUCGAAGGUGGCUACCCGUAUCGGUCGCGGACGUCGAGUGCGAAUAGCCGUCGGAGCGGGCGCCUAUAAGUUCAUCGUCACCAUCAAGGACGACGGGCGCCUCUACAUUGCGCCGCGGGAAGAAAGGGGGGGGUGUGACGAACCCGCCUAGAAGGCGCGUGCGCCACAAUAAGUACCACUUUCGUUAUUAUAGCUUUAAGAGAAAUACAGUGAAUUAUAAUAAAUGUUAAGUUUAAUUAAGAAUAAAUAAGUCACAGCUAAGUUCAGAACCCUGGGCGGCAACGCCAACCGAUAGUUCAUCAAGACAUGUUAAAUACUAGAAAAGCGAAGGAGCUAAAAUACCAGAAGUAGGAAAAUACUAGAAAUCCCGAAUAGAGGAAAAGGCCGAAAAAUGAGGGAGGGUCACGCGGCGAUCGUGGCGGCUCUCUUCUCUCGGGAUCGCGGAACGGAAAAGACGUGUGUUUCGGACACGGCUUAACGAGGUUUAAAAAGUCACGCGUGCUCCUCAAAAUAGCCGAGCGGAGGCGAUCAAGUGCUGGAGAGUGACCACGCGGGUGACACGCGGCACACAUGUAUGUACAUAAGCAAGUCAGCUAAGGUUAGUACGGUCAGUUCCUCAUGUGCUGAAGACGGUGUAGCGGACCCGAGUGAGGACAAAAGGAAUGAAUAAACGGUGAAGAAUAUCUAAUUGCAUCACUCGAGCGUGUGUUUCCUUUUCGUAGUUAGGUACCAAAGCUAACCUUACUUUACCCCGCCCACACCGCUGCUAGGGACCUGGAUGUGGACCCCCUUCCCGUCCGGUCUAGUAGUUUCCUGCCUCUCCCGUAGUUUUGGGAUGCGUGCGUGGACACCCUUCCCGCCGUAUCCACAAUCCUAGUUUUCCCGCCGCCUCUGUAGGUUUUGGGGAUUCGCGCGUGGACACCCUUCCCGCCGUAUCCACAAGCCUAGUUUUCCUGCCUCUCCCGUAGUUUUGGGGAUUCGCGCGUGGACACCCUUCCCGCCGUAUCCACAAGCCUA